AUGGAAAAGGCAUUAUGGAAAGUGACAAAAGUGUUACAUUUGCGAGUAGCAUGGUCUGGUUGGAAGAUUCGCGUUUGGCGAGACACGAGCGCUGAUGCUGGCGAACGUAGCACAGCGCGUGCUGAUGCCGAGGCCAUGAGAUACUUGUCCAUGCUGCUUUACCCGUUGUGCAUUGCUGGAGCAAUAUAUUCACUAGUAUAUGAGCCACAUAAGAGCUGGUACUCGUGGGCGCUACACAGCAUAGUGAACGGAGUUUACGCAUUCGGUUUCCUGUUCAUGCUACCACAGUUAUUCGUAAACUAUCGCCUACGUUCUGUCGCUGCGUUACCGUGGCGAGCCUUUAUGUACAAGGCUUUCAACACUUUCAUAGAUGAUAUUUUCGCCUUUAUUAUAACUAUGCCGACGGCACAUCGAGUAGCAUGCUUCAGAGACGAUCUUGUCUUCUUAGUGUAUUUGUAUCAGAGAUGGUUGUAUCCGGUAGAUAAGACCCGCACAGAUACAGGUGGCAGUAUGGAUGAAAAUCCAGAAGAGUUCGAACCUCUUAAGGAAGCUGCCAAGAAAAAAGACGAUUAA